CGUUGCUGGCUUCCUCUCCUCGCAUUCCCUGUAUUCCACAGAGUACUUUUGUAACAGUUCCGUUACGUUUUGCUUCAUCAUUGAAACCGCCUCUUUACUUUGUUUCCAUUAACUCUCUCCUUCAAGCUCUCCUACUACUAUUAAUUUAGUUAAAUCUUUGCACACCUCCUCAUGAAAUCCCUAAUUUUUGAUACUAUAAACAGGGUUGCAGAAUUCUCCAAAUCUCACAGCUUCUUAACCUUGGAGCCUAUGCUUUCUUAAAACACAUACUUCAACUAUGGUAUCGUCCCAAAUCAUCUCUCUGAUGUAUAGUCCGAUUGUUUUCCCAUGGGAAGCGUGGAACAUGAAAGAGCUAGCGGUGUCAAACUUUAUCAUCCUCAUCAUUGACAAACAGAUAUCAGGUAGAUCUGCAAUGCCUCAAAGAUGUACUCUGGUUUCUAUGGAGGAGAUGCGUAUUGAAGGGGGUGGCGACUUUCCUCAUGUAAAGAAAGAUGGCCAAUACCGGAUUGAUUUUGAGGCCACACCAACAAUGUUGAGAUGCCUUAUAUAUCUAAAGAAAAAAACAGUGAAGGCUAUGAUCAUGUCAGGUGGACCAAAACAUUUCAAGCUCACAGUUCGAAGAGGUUUUUGCGAAUCACCACUGGAUGGUUAGAAAAUACAAGCUGAAACAUCAAAAAACAGGAUUUGUGGUAGAGGAAAGAAGCUGAAACUGGUAAAGCACCAAGAACAUUCUGGGAAAUUAGUCUACAAUCCUCUUCCUUACUCAUUGAGGUACUAUUUUAAUCAUUUGGUUAGUUAACCCAUAUUAUUUGAAUAUUGACUUAUUCACUAGAUAGGAACCAGUUGGUACACGACUGAGAGAUUAUGAGCGUGGACGCUAAGAGGGAUAUGUAGCUGAUAUUUGUUUUGAGACAAAAUUUGUUAACGUUGGCUUUUGUUUUUGUUUCCAAAAUAAGCUCGGAGUGGAGCUAAGAAUUAGCAAAAAAAGAAAUCCUGGAUCUACAAAUCCCACAACUUUGAAGGUUGGAUGGUAAGUUCUGCGUUAACUCUUUAGUACUCUCUUAAUCUUUCAACAGGAUGACUCACGCAGCCAAGUGUUUGGUGGCAUUGUUGUUAAAGUUGUUUCGGACCUCAUGUUUAAUACUAAUUGUGUCUUGAGUUUAACAGUUCAACUAUGCUGUGUUACUUUGUUUAUAUUAGUUUUGAGGGAGAAGGAGAACAUGAACCUAAUGUGUUGCACAUAUCCAGAAUUCUAGGAUUCACAACAGGGUUGUCUACAUAUUCUGAGUCUGACGAAGAGUGAAAAACAUAAAAGAAAAGUGCAACGUCAAAAAAUGGAGAUGUAUUAAGGACUCACUUGGUUUCUGUUGGUUCUCUUCAUUGUCUCUUUCUACCGGGGAAAUAUGUUAAUACAAUCAGUGGUUUUACAUUCGUUGGUAUGCCAAGUGAGUGUGGUGUACGAAGAUUCCCGAUAAGAAAAUCUCUCAUUUAUUUAUCCAUUGUUCUGACCGUGUAAACUACUCUUAUCUAAUUCGAGAAGUAAUUAACUUAAAUAUUAUAAAUAAUUACUUA